UAAUAAAUAAUAAUCUGAGGAAGAAUGAAUUUCAUUGCACCGGAGCAUCACUCCGAUUAUGCUAGUCCCUCCCGGAAGACCAAACCACCGACAUCGCUGAUCUGAAUUCUCCAUUUUCAAAUCCCUAAUAACAACAUCAAAACUUCGAAUCUUGUUUCGUUUCAUCUUAACUAGAUCUCAUUCCCCAACCUUCAAAAAUGUCAUCAGGGUUUCUCCACCAAAGAAGCCUCCACAACCCUUUUUCAACUCAAUUCUACACUUCACCUUCAUCUUCAACAAAUUCCAAGAAAUCCCUUUCAAUUCUAAGCCCCACAGUUCUUCUUUCCCUGUUGUCUCUCAUUGUGGUGCUGGGUGUUUUCUCCCCAUGGCUAGGAAUGCCCCAAAAACUCUUUUUUACUUCAAACCCUGCAAUUUCCAAAUGGGGUCAUUAUACUUUGGAUCAAGCACUCACCUUUGUGGCUAAAAAUGGGACUGUGAUUGUUUGUAUUGUUAGUCAGCCUUACUUGCCUUUUCUCAAUAACUGGUUGAUAAGUGUUGCUAUGCAGAAGCGGCAAGAUAUGGUUCUUGUUAUUGCUGAGGAUUAUCCUUCGCUUUAUAAGGUCAAUGAACUUUGGCCUGGUCACGCUGUUAUUAUUCCUCCUGUGCUUGAUGUUGAAGCUUCUCACAAGUUUGGUUCUAUGGGUUUCUUCAACUUUACAGCCAGGAGGCCAAGCCAUCUGCUGAAGAUUUUGGAGCUUGGAUACAGCGUGAUGUACAACGAUGUCGACAUGGUUUGGUUAGCCGAUCCAUUUCCUUAUCUGCAAGGGAGCCAUGAUGUGUACUUUACAGAUGAUAUGAUUGCGAUCAAACCGUUGAACCAUUCGCACGACUUACCACCACCGGGAAAAAAAGGGAGGCCUUAUAUAUGUAGUUGCAUGAUUUUCCUUCGCCCUACGGAUGGAGCAAAGCUAAUUUUGAAAAUGUGGUUAGAGGAACUUCAAAUGGAGCCAUGGUCUAGAACCAAGAAAUCUAAUGAUCAACCUGCUUUUAAUUGGGCUUUAAUGAAGAAUGCUAAAGAGGCUGAUUUGUACCUGCUUCCACAAGAAGCAUUCCCUACAGGCGGAUUAUAUUUCAAGAACAAAACAUGGGUUAAGGAAACUAAAGGAAAACAUGUUAUAAUUCAUAACAAUUAUAUAGUUGGUUUUGAGAAGAAGAUAAAGCGAUUUCGCGACUAUGGUUUCUGGUUGGUGGAUGACCAUAAACAAGAGUCACCUCUAGGUGGAUUAUGAUGCGGCCAUUGUUACAAGUUUAUCUUCGGACUAAUUUGGUCCCUAAGCAAUUGGAUUCAGAGCAUGCCUUGUGCCAAACUAUUCGCCCUUACUCGCUUGAUUGAUAUCUGUCUGAAGAUGUUUCAACUGCUAGUGUCAACACACUGGGUUCGGGAAAAAAAUGUGUCCUGUUUUGAAUUUUUGAUGAAGAAAGCUGCUUACAUAUGGAUACAUUUUAUUUAAGGGUCCAAAAGAAGAUAAGGGUAGAGUUCAUUUGGUUCUUAGAGUUGUACCUCCUAUGUUACAAAUAUUCAAUUAGCAUAUGUAUGAAAUACUUCCAAGUAUUAUGAAAUAUAAUUUUUUAUCAAUUUA